GCGGGGGGGAAGUGUCACACACUUUUUUUUUUUUUUUUUUUUUUUUUUUUGAGAAGGAGUCUCACUCCGUCACCCAGGCUGGAGUGCAGUGGGGCAAUCUCGGCUCACUGCAAGCUCCGCCUCCCAGGUUCACGCCAUUCUCCUGCCUCAGCCUCCCCAGUAGCUCAGGCUCCCGCCACCACACCUGGCUAAUUUUUUUUGGAUUUUUAGUAGAGACCGGGUUUCACCGUGUGAGCCAGGAUGGUCUCGAUCUCAGCGCCCCCUCAAUUUCUUUCCCACAUUGCUGCCACCCUCUCCUACUCAGCCACCUGCCGAACUCCUCCCCUGAUAGCCUCCCCUGAUAGCCCGGCCUGGAAUCCUUGAUUUUUAAAGCUCUAGAUGUUCUGCCUUUCAACUGUGCCAGUUUUUUACAUAGAUGGGUUUUCUCUAUGUUGGUCAGGCUGGUCUCAAACUCCUGACCUCGUGAUCCGCCUGCCUCGGCCUCCCAAAGUGCUGGGAUUACAGGCGUGAGCCACCGCACCUGGCCUAUGUUGAGUUUUAGGCCACAAAAAAUUGACCAAAAAUUUUUUGACAAUUGCAUCUUUAACCAUGGACAUUUUAAGUUUUGUCCUCAGCUGGGCGCGGUGGCUUAUGCUUGUAAUCUCAGCACUUUGAGAGGCCGAAGCAGGCAGAUCAUUUGAGCUCGGGAGUCCGAGACCAGCCUGACCAACAUGGAGAAACCCCGUCUCUAAAUAAAAAUACAAAAUUUGCUGGGUGUGGUGACCCAUGCCUGUAAUCUCAGCUACUCAGGAGGCUGAGGCAGAAGAAUCGCUUGAACCCAGGAGGCGGAGGUUGCAGUGAGCCGAGAUCGAGCCAUUGCACUCCAGCCUGGGCAAUAAGAGCAAAACUCCAUCUCAAAAAAAAAAAAAAAAAAAAAAUUUGUCCUCUUCCUUCUUGGGGAGUUGCUUUGAAGCUUCACAGCAACCAAGGAAUCUAUUUCACUGAUGAAACAAUUCAAUCUACUUUAACAUAUGGCUGGUUAUUUAGAAUGUCCAUUUUGCAUACUACUCUCAGUCUUCCAGACUGCUGGAAUGUACAAAUAAGGUAAUAGAAAAUCAAUUUACAAAGCUUACAGAAACUUUUAACCUUCCGUGGCCUAAGGCUUUUCCAAUGGUCCUGAAUGAAGGAACCUACAAACCAGUUCUCCUUAAUGUGAGCUCCUGGGAGACAAAAAUAUCAAAGAUCAAGGGCUCCAACCUGGAGAUUUUGUUUAUGAGAAAUGCCAUCUAAUAAAGGACUCCCUACAACCAUGUUGAAGAGAACUCCAGCCUGGGCAACAUGAUGAAACCCCAUCUCAACAACAAGAACAAAAAAAGCAAAAAUUAGCUGGCAUGCACCUAUAGUCCCAGCUACUUGGGAGGCUGAGGUGGGAGGAUGGCUCGGGCCCAGGAGGCAGAGGUUGCAGUGAGGUGGGUUGUGCCACUGUACUCCAGCCUGGGCAAAAGAGCCAAACCCUGUCUCAAAGUUGAGGGAGGCAUAUCAGAUAUUCUUAACCAAUCCUUGUGCAAGCUAAAUUCAAAGGCAUUGACUUGCAGAUUCACAUUUUUCAUUUUUAAAAAAUGCAGCCCAUGGCCGGGUGCAGUGGCUCAUGCCUGUAAUCCCAGCACUUUGGGAGGCCGAGGCGGGUGGAUCACGAGGUCAGGAGAUCGAGACCAUCCUGGCUAACACGGUGAAACCCCGUCUCUACUAAAAAUACAAAAAAUUAGCUGGGCGUCGUGGCGGGAGCCUGUAGUCCCAGCUACUUGGGAGGCUGAGGCAGGAGAAUGGCUUGAACCCAGGAGGCGGAGCUUGCAUGAGCCGAGAUCCUGCCACCACACACCAGCCUGGGCAACAGAGUGAGACUCCGUCUCAAAAAAAAAAAAAUGCAAUCCUGCUUGAGUAGACAUCUUCGAUCAUUCCAGAUCUCCAACUGAGGCAGUCCCAUUCCCCAAGAAGGAAGAGGAAAAAACUUAAAAUGGCAUGGUUAAAGAUGUGAUUGUCAAAAAAAAAAAUUGGUCAUUUUAGUUUUUGUGGCCGAAAACUCAAUAAUCAUAAUUAUGACUGAUAGCAUACCAUAUACCAGUCAUCUUAUAGCUCACACCAGGAUGAGAAGUAGAAACUUUAUUAGAAAAUAUCACUCAGGCGGUCGGGUGCGGUGGCUCAUGACUGUAAUCCCAGCACUUUGGGAGGCCGAGGCGGGUGGAUCACCUGAGGUCAGGAGUUCAAGACCAGGCUGGUCAACAUGGUGAAACCCCGUCUCUAGUAAAAAUACAAAAAUUAGUCGGUUGUGGUUGCAGGCACCUGUAAUCCCAGCUACUCAGGAGGCUGAGGCAGGAGAAUCACUUGAACCUGGGAGGCAGAGAUUGCAGUGAGCAGAGAUCACGCCAUUGCACUCCAGUCUGGGCCACAUAGCAAGACUCCAUCUCAAAAAAACAAACAAACAAACAAACAAAAAACCACACACACUAAAAAAGAAAAUAUCACUCAGGCCAGGUGCAGUGGCUCACACUUAUAAUCCCAGCACUUUGGGAGGCCAAGGCAGGCGGAUCACUUGAGGUCAGGAGUUCAAGACCAGCCCAACAUGGCAAAACCUUGUCUCUACUAAAAAUACAAAAAUUAGGUGGGUGUGGUGGCAUGCACCUGUAAUUCCAACUAUUCGGGAGGCUGAGGCACAAGAAUCUCUUGAACCCAGGAGGUAGAGCUUGCAGUGAGCCAAGAUUGUGUCACUGCGCUCCAGCCUGGGUGACAGAGCGAGAUGCUGUCUCAAAUAAAUAAUUAAAUUGAAAAUUAAAAAAUGAAACGUUUGAAGAGUUAAAAUGCCUCCAAAUAUUCAUACGUUGCGUAAAAUGGUAAUAAUGCCUCUAAGCAUUUGAUCAAAUCACAACUUUAAUACUACUUUUUUUUUUUUUUUUUUGAGACAGAGUCUCGCUGUGUCACCCAGGCUGGAAUUCAGUGGUGUGAUCUCGGCUCACUGCAAGCUCCACCUCCCGGGUUCACGCCAUUCUCCUGCCUUAGCCUCCUGAGUAGCUGGGACUACAGGCGCCCGCCACCACACCCGGCUACUUUUAUUUUUGUAUUUUUUAGCAGAGACUGGGUUUCACCGUGUUAGCCAGGAUGGUCUCGAUCUCCUGACCUCAUGAUCCGCCCACCUCGGCCUCCCAAAGUGCUGGGAUUACAGGCGUGAGCCACAGCGCCCGGCCACAACUUGAAUACUUGUAAGUGUUGGGUUUUUUUUUUUCUUCAGGGUUUUUGAACUUUAAUACUUCUAAGUGUUGGGGUUUUUUUUUCCCCUCAGGGUUUUUGUUUGUUUUUUCCUGAGACAGGGUCUCUCUCUUACCCAGGCUGGAGUGCAGGGGCUCCAUCAUAGCUCACUGCACACUCCAACUCCUGAACUCAAUCCUCCCACCUCAGCCUCCCAUGUAGCUGGUAUUACAGGCAUGCAAGACCAUGCUCAGCUAAUUUUUCUAUUUUUUUAUAAAGAUGGGGUCACAUUUUGUUGCUCAGGCUGGUCUCAAACUCCUAGGCUCCAGUGAUUGCUCACCUUGACCACCCAAAGUGCUCAGAUUCCAGGUGUGAGCCACUGCGCCCAGUCCUGAAAUGUUCUUAAAUUCUUUCAAAGUAGCAAAAUUUAUAUUAAAACAUUCUAAACAUGAUGAGCUCACUUGCUCUACAAGGAUUUACAAGUAGAAUCAAUUAGGUGGACGGUUAUAGCUGACAGUUGACAGAGAGAUAGUUAUAGAUGGAGGUAGGUAUAGAGGGAGGGAGGCAAAAAGAGUUAAGGAACUGGACACCUGAGAACUGUCUACGGGUUCCAAAAACAAGACAAAGACAGAACCUUUUAUUAUCUGCCAAACAAGACAGUCCACAUUGAGACUGCUCUGCCUUUCAUUUUUAUGUGUCAAAGACACUUAAAUUGGCCUGUAAUCCCAGCACUUUGGGAGAACGAGGCGGGCGGGUCACCUGAGGUCAGGAGUUCAAGACCAGCCUGGCCAACAUGGUGAAACUUCAUCUCUACUAAAAAAUACAAAAAUUAGCCAGGCGUGGUGGCGCGCACCUGUGGUCCCAGCUACUACGGAGGCUGAGGCGGGAGGAUCACUUGAACCUGAAGGCAGAGGUUGCAGUGAGCCGAGAUGGUGCCACUGCACUCCAGCACGGGCAACAGAACAAAGACCCUGUUUAAAAAAAAACAAAAAAAAAAAAACUUAAAUGGGUCCCAAGAGAAAAGGAAAAAAGAAUGAAUAUUGUGAUAUGUGGGGCAAGACAAGAUCUAGAUGGUCUAAGGACAAGCAAGUCUGGGGAAUUAACUUCUGCCCAUCCAAAUUACAAGGAAAACAGAUGCUUUGGGUAAGCGUCGAGGAACAGUCUCAUACUUAAGACAAAUGUAGGCUUACGGGCUGAGAAUUCUUGGUGUAAAGGUUGAAAACGGACCUUAAACCUUUACGGGACAUUGACACAGAGAGGUCAAACCCGCGCCCAGGACGCACAGUCAAUGAGAGGCAGAGCUGGGAAGGGAACCCGGAGCUCCAGGCAUCGGCUCCUCCCCCUCCACCUGGGCUACCCGGUGCAUUUUCUCCUCCGUGCUCCCUGCUGGUGUUGCCUCCUGGGACCUCGGCAGUUUCUGCUUUCGCACCUGCAGGGUUUAGUCUCCGGGACUGCUUGGGAGGACACCUGGAAUGCCGAAGGCAGGACUACACACCGGGCGAAUCCACCAGCGCCACCAAGCCCUUGAAAACCCGAGGCCGCCGCGCGACUCCAUUUCCCAGCGCCCCGCGCGGCGGGGGCUUGGACGUUGCCAAGGAGACCGGUAGUGGCCCCGCCUCCACGCAGGGAAACAGGCGGGAACCACAUGACCCGGAAGGCUGUACGCAAGCGUCCGCGGCGCGCACUGGGCCAAUGAGAACCGAAGGGCUGGACUUCCGGCGGUGGGACUGUCACUUCGCCGCCCGCGUCAGGCCACACCGGUGGUCUGGGCUGGGGCCCGCGGGUCGGGUCCGGUUUCCAGGAGGUUCCUGGUGCCCGAGGCUGGCGGCGAGGAAGGACCAGAUGGCCUUUGAGGAUGUGGCUGUGUACUUCUCCCAGGAGGAGUGGGGGCUCCUGGACACAGCCCAGAGGGCCCUGUACCGCCGCGUGAUGCUAGACAACUUCGCACUUGUGGCCUCGCUGGGACUCUCCACCUCUCGACCUCGUGUGGUCAUCCAACUGGAGCGUGGCGAGGAGCCCUGGGUUCCCAGUGGAACGGACACAACCCUGUCCAGGACCACCUACAGGAGGCGCAACCCUGGUUCCUGGAGUUUGACAGAGGAUAGAGAUGUUUCUGGAGAAUGGCCACGAGCUUUCCCAGAUACCCCACCUGGGAUGACUACUAGCGUCUUCCCCGUUGCCGGUGCCUACCACAGUGUAAAAAGCCUGCAGAGACAACGGGGUGCCUCCCCAUCUCGGGAGAGAAAACCCACGGGGGUGUCGGUGAUCUACUGGGAGAGGCUCCUUCUAGGCUCAGGCAGUGGGCAAGCCAGCGUCAGCCUGCGACUGACCUCCCCGCUUAGGCCUCCCGAGGGCGGCCGGCUUAGGGAAAAGACACUCACAGAGCAUGCGUUGCUUGGGAGGCAGCCCAGGACGCCUGAGCGGCAGAAACCAUGUGCACAGGAGGUCCCUGGGAGAACCUUCGGGAGCGCGCAGGACCUGGAGGCUGCCAGCGGUCGGGGGCAUCACCGAGUGGGUGCAGUUUGGCAGGAGCCCUCGACCUGGGAGGAGCUGGGCGAGGCUCUCCCCGCUGGGGAGAAGUCCUUCGAAUGCAGGGCGUGCAGCAAAGUGUUCGUGAAGAGCUCCGACCUCCUCAAGCACCUACGCACCCACACCGGGGAGCGGCCCUACGAGUGCGCCCAGUGCGGCAAGGCCUUCAGCCAGACGUCGCACUUGACACAGCACCAGCGCAUCCACAGCGGCGAGACGCCCUACGCGUGCCCCGUGUGCGGCAAGGCCUUCCGGCAUAGCUCCUCGCUGGUGCGGCACCAGCGCAUCCACACGGCCGAGAAGUCCUUCCGCUGCUCCGAGUGCGGCAAGGCCUUCAGCCACGGCUCCAACCUCAGCCAGCACCGCAAGAUCCACGCGGGUGGGCGUCCUUAUGCCUGCGCACAGUGUGGCCGCCGCUUCUGCCGCAACUCGCACCUGAUCCAGCACGAGCGUACGCACACGGGCGAGAAGCCCUUCGUGUGCGCGCUCUGCGGUGCCGCCUUCAGCCAGGGCUCCUCGCUCUUUAAGCACCAGCGCGUGCACACAGGCGAGAAGCCCUUCGCCUGCCCACAGUGUGGCCGCGCCUUUAGCCACAGCUCCAACCUCACCCAGCACCAGCUCCUGCACACGGGCGAGCGGCCCUUCCGCUGCGUGGACUGUGGCAAGGCCUUCGCCAAGGGCGCCGUGCUGCUUAGCCACCGGCGCAUUCACACGGGCGAGAAGCCCUUCGUGUGUACGCAGUGUGGCCGCGCCUUCCGUGAGCGCCCGGCCCUCUUCCACCACCAGAGGAUCCAUACCGGCGAGAAGACCGUCCGGCGAUCCAGGGCCAGCCUGCACCCCCAGGCCAGGUCUGUUUCCGGGGCAUCAUCAGAAGGUGCGCCAGCGAAGGAAACCGAGCCCACUCCCGCCUCGGGCCCAGCCGCCGUCUCGCAGCCAGCGGAGGUCUGAGGUCACAGGUUGCAGCCCUGGCCUUCUGUGAAUCCCUUCCACAGCUAAAGGGCAUAUGUCCUCUGCAGAUCCACAGCAGAGAAAAAGUCCCGUGCUUGCUAGUCAGGGACAAGGGAGGCCCUUUGGCUGUGGUUUCAUUUGCACGUGGGGACAGGAUUUGCCAGUUCACCCACAGAUCACACCUCCAUCCCCAAAGAGGUAGCACUGCAGCAACAUCAGGGGGAGGACGUGGUGGCUGAACUCCAGUGGGGCCGAGACUAUUCAGAGCCAGUAGGAGGCCGACAGUCACAGCACUGCACUGUGGUGCGGCUUCAUGUGAUAUGACAGUGGAUGCUAAGGUGAGAGGGAUGCGGGCAUGGGUUGGGGGUGGCCCAGAGAAACUUACCACAGCUGUACACAAACUGGCCGCUGGAGAGAUGCCCGCUGAGGGUAUUCUCCCCUCAACCCACUGCCUCUGUUCAUCCAAGGCUUCCUAGGGGCCAGCCUAGCAGACAAGAGACCACAAGGGACUGGGGAUCAGGGUCUGGGCUCUGUCAGCCGCCACCUCUGGGAAAAAGAAAAGGUUUGGGUCUACUGAACAUCAUGUUUGUAGACGCUGACAGGUGGGGUCCUAAUGAGAGCCAACACAUGCUCACUGCCAGCUCCUGUCCUAAGUACUGGGAAAUUUCUCCUGAAGCCCUAUGAGAUGGCUCUGUGGCUGGUAUCCCGACUUGGAAGAUGAGGAAACUGAGGCACACGGCCUGGCCUGGCUUCACACACAUAGCCGAAUCAGGAGAGGGAUGCCCAUGGGGGAACAUGUGACUCUCAGCAUUGGAAGGACAGAGCUAGGAUGAUGGCUUUCCAGUGGCACUCGUUCAGGUUUUUGCCCAAGUCUCAGCUUGGCCAAGGCCUGUCACUGACUGGUUUACCAAAGUCGAUGUGAGGAGGAGCCUUUAUACCUGAGGGGAUGAUGUUAACUUCAGACAAGAUGGAGCUGCUCAUUUUUGCCGGGUUUGGUGGCCACUUCACCUCCAACCCUGUCUCACCCCCAUUAUCCCUCCUCAAUUGGAGGCUGGACAGAGCUGAAUAGGAAAGACUUGCUAUUGCCUAAGGCUAUGUGUGACACCCUCCUGAGGACCUCCCCACCCCAGUGUAAUGGCCCUUCAUGGCAGGGACAGAAAGGUGGACUGGGGGCCAUUUGCUUCCUGUGGCCUUCAGCAGACCAGGCCCUGUCCCUACCUGGAGCCUCACCUCCAAGGAAAUUCAUGUUCUCCUUAAUGGGGGGAAAAAAAAAAAAAGACUACCAUCUGCAACUCAGAGUAGGUGUUGCAGUUUCCUGUACAGCAGUUUGGACCUCCAGAGCACAGCCUCUUGUCCCUACUCCAGAGCAUGGUUCAGUCUUAAUAGCAGUUCAAGAGCUUCUCUGAUAAAGGUUUCUUUUUAAACA